GCGCACAAAGAGGCAAAGAGCCGAGCGAGCGCAGGGAUGCGCACAAUAUUAAAAUUCUCGCAUUCAAGGGAGAAACCUUCCAUUCACAAGCAAUUGGAUGAGAGUCUUAUUAGCCCUCGGCAACUCAAGAUGAUGUUACCAUGGAAACAAAUUGUUCUGCUAUCACUCACCGGAUGCCUUGCAGCCUGUACAGAGGAUGUCAUAUUUCAAGGGCCAAGAUGGAGGACGGAGCCAAGUGACCUCAUUUUACCAAUCAACUCCCCGGACCACCAGGCCACCAUCAUGUGCGCGGCAGAGGGGAGCCCUCCUCCGCAGUACAGAUGGUCACUAAACGAAACACUCAUUGAUCUGGGGAAUGACUACCGGCGUCACAUGUCUGGGGGCAGCCUGAUCAUUAGCAACCUGGACAAGGACCAAGACUCCGGGGUGUACCAGUGCACGGCUUUCAACACGCAUGGGUCCAUCCUCAGCCGCAGAGCCAGCCUCCAAUUUGCAUAUCUCGACAACUUCAAAACCCAGACGGUGAGGAGCGCCGUGAACGUCCGCGAGGGCCAGGGAGUGGUUCUGCUUUGUGGACCUCCGCCUCAUUCUGGAGAACUGACAUUUGCAUGGAUCUUCAACGAAUACCCGUUCUUUGUCCAACAAGACAGCCGCAGAUUCAUCUCUCAAGAGACGGGCAGUCUGUACUUUGCCAAAGUUGAGCCCUCGGAUGUUGGAAACUACACCUGCGUGGUAAACAACACGGUCACACGGGAGAAGGUCCUCAGCUCUCCAACGCCACUCGUCCUCAGGAGUGACGGAGUAAUGGGCGAAUACGAACCCAAAAUAGAAGUUCAUUUCCCCGACUCGGUUCCAGCUGCGAAGGAGUCGGUGGUGAAGCUGGAAUGCUUUGCUCUGGGAAACCCCGUCCCAGAAAUAAGCUGGAGGAGAACCAGCGGCGUCCCGUUCCCCAGCAAAGUCAAGAUGAAGAAUUCAAACGCCGUCCUGGAGAUCCCUAACUUCCAGCAGGAAGACGCGGGGACGUACGAGUGCAUGGCGGAGAACAGGCGCGGCAAAAACGCGGCGCGGGGUCGCAUUUCGUUCCACGCCAAACCUCACUGGCUCCAGACAAUGGCGGACACGUCCCUGUCCAUAGAGGAGAACCUUUUCUGGGAGUGUAAGGCCAACGGGAAGCCCAAACCGUCCUACAGCUGGCUGAAGAAUGGCGAGCUGGUGGCGCCCGAGGGCCGGGUGCAAAUCGAAAACGGGGCCCUUUCCAUAACCGCGUUAAACCUGUCAGAUUCGGGGAUGUACCAGUGUGUGGCUGAAAACAAACAUGGCAUUAUUUAUUCCGCUGCCCAGCUAAUGGUGUUAGCUUCGCCUCCGAGCUUCUCCAAAAGUCCGCUGAGGCCGCUGGUUAAAGCUCGCUCGGGCAGCGAAGUCACUCUCGAAUGCAAGCCUCAGGCUUCGCCCUCAGCAAUUAGCCUGUGGAAGAAAGGGAAUGAGAUCCUGCAGAGAACUGAAAGGAUUACUCUGCUCCCAAAUGGAACGUUAAAGAUUGCAAAUGUGACCAGACGAGACGCAGCCAGCUACACGUGCAUCGCGAAGAAUCAGUUUGGGACAGCAAGUACGACCAGCAGGCUGCUCAUCACUGAGCCCACCAGAAUCACCAUGAGGCCCACUAACAUGGAGAUCAUCGUUGGCGAGAGCAUCGUGCUGCCUUGCCAGAUCGCCUGCGAUCCGGCCCUGGAUGUCUCUUUCUCGUGGGCAUUCAACGGCCAGCUCAUCGACUUCCAGCGAGACAGCGAUCACUUCGAAAGAGUGGGCGGGAGUAUAUCGGGCGAUCUGAUGAUUCGUAACAUCCAGCUGAACCAUGGUGGGAAGUACGUCUGUGUUAUUGACACCGAUGUGGAGAGCCUGUCCACCUCUGCCAUUUUGGUAGUCAAAGGUCCCCCGGGCCCCCCGGACAAGGUGGCGGUGGAGGAGAUCACGGACAGCACGGCGCAGCUGUCCUGGACUCCCGGACGGGACAACGGCAGCCCGAUCACCGGCUACAUCAUCCAGGCUCGGACUCCUUUCACCGUGGGCUGGCAGGCCGUAGACACAGUGCCGGAGGUGGUCAACGGCAACAUGCUGACGGCCACCGUGGUGGGGCUGAACGCCUGGGUGGAGUACGAGUUCAGGGUGGUGGCCCGCAACGCCGUGGGCCUGGGGGAGCCCAGCCCCUCCUCCGCCAAGACCAGAACCGAGGACGCCAUUCCCGAUACGGCUCCCACUGAUGUCGGAGGUGGAGGCGGCACCAAGGCUGAAUUAGUGAUAACAUGGGAGCCCGUGCCCGAGGAACUGCAGAACGGCGAGGGCUUCGGCUACAUCAUCGCCUUCCGGCCCGUGGGCACGGUGACGUGGACGCGGGCCGUCAUCUCCACGCCGGGCGUGUCGCGCUACUCCUUCCGCAACGACACCAUCCCGCCGUUCUCGCCGUUUGACGUCAAAGUGGGGGCCUACAACAACCGCGGGGAGGGGCCCUUCAGCUCCAUCGGCACCGUGUACUCGGCGGAGGAAGUCCCCAGCGUGGCUCCUAAGAGGGUUAGGGCUCGGAGUGUGUCUGCAGCACAAAUUGAAGUGAUCUGGGAAGCUCUCCCUUCCCUCGCUGAAAGAGUGCUUGGAUAUGAGGUCGUGUACUGGGAAGACGACACCAAGCCCGACACCGUUGGCAAAGUGCGCCUCACUGGAAACUACACGCUGGUGAACAUCACGGGGCUGAAAGCGAACACAGUGUACUACCUCUCUGUGGCCGCUUUCAACACGGCUGGCCCCGGGCCGCAGUCGGCGCCCAUCAACAACACCACAAAGAAACCACCUCCAGAUCGAGCUCCACUCAACAUACAAUGGACAAUGAUUGGCUCCACACUCACGCUGCACUGGGACCCCGUGGUCGCCAUGGAGACGGAGUCAAAGGUCACCGGGUAUUUGGUGCUGCUGAAGAGGCACCGCUACAACGACAUCCAAACCAUCGCCACCAACAAAACCACGGCCGAGCUCAGCCUGGCCGCCAACGACAACUAUCUCAUCCAGAUCAAGGUCGUGAGCGAGGGCGGCGAAGGCGUCGGCAGCGAGCCCAUCCACAUCCACAAGCUCAGUAUGGGAGCGCGGGGCUCCGGAGCGGGCCGCCUCAGUUUGCUGUGCCGCUCGGCCGUCCUGGCCGGCGCGCUGCUCUCCUCCAUCUGGUGA